UGAUCUUGGAAGUGUUUGAACUUGACCAUUAAUGCGUCUUUCAAAGAAAUGGUUUGAAAAUGGAGGAUGAGAUACUGAUGAACGGGUAGGUUUUUGUUAGAAUAUCCUCGAUUUUUUUUUCAUGUAUAUCAUUUUGUUGUACCGUUUAUUAUAUUUGAAGAGUAAUUUUUAUUCCGGUUGUAAUGAUAUAUAGUUUGUAUGUGUUAUUUCAUUAAUUAACGGUAUAUUUUGAGGUGAAACUACGGCAAGAAACACAAAACCGCAACGGGUAGCCAUUGUCGAUAUUUUUGGGGGGUGUUUUCAACGACGUCCGCGUCGAUUCCUAUAUAAGGCGAUGCCCACAGGUCAGUUCCCCGCUGACCGUUGUUGAGAGUACUUGCAUCACAGUGAAACUUGGAUUGUGCAUUGGAUUUCGUUAUGGCUACAUCUUCAAAGCGACUGAAGACUGAUGAGGGACCGUCACCACUGACACUGUUCAUUAUGGAAGAUUUGUUAGUGAGGAGAUAUGCCAAUGGUGGGAUGUUUGGAACUGGUUUUGCCCUGUCAUCUGCCUCUUCGUUCAAGACCGUCAUUUCAAUAGUGGUAAAUGAGAAGCAUUUGCAAACCAUUAGGGAAGGGAUGAGCUUCAUUUUGUUGAAGUUCGCCACGCUGCAAGAUGGUACAGUAAAGAUCGGGCAAAACACUGUGGUUAUGCACACUAAGAGACCCUCCACCAUGGACGAAAAUGUUGUGAGGAAGUUUACAAAUCCACCAAUGGUGGAUGAGCUGGGGAGGAUUGCGUCACUGGACAACAAAAUGAGGGUGUCAGUGAAAGGAGAAGUGUCUAAUGUAUCGGGCAUCAUUGAGACAAAUGAAACAAAAAGAAAGAUUGUCACUCUAUCUGACGGUAAUGCAACAGUGGACGUUAAAUUAUGGGGAGAGCUGGCAUCCUUAAGGAUUUUCAGUGGUUCCGUUGUGGAGAUCUCCUGCGUGCACGUGGAUUUAUACCAGGGCAGGAGAUCAUUAAACUCAUCUGCGAGCACAAAAGUUAAGAACAUUGACGUUGAAGAUGAGUUUUCCGGAGUCAUUGAUGGUGUUUCUUUUGACGAGUCAAACACAUCAAUUUUGAUAAAUGAUGAGAUGCUUUCCUGCUCAACGGAGCAGCUGAGUGACAUUUUCCCAGGUGGAGUUUUUGCCGAAAACAAACAUGUGAAGGGAAGGAAGAGGAGGAGUGUAAUUACAGUUCUGGAAGAAGAUGUCGUAGCCAUGGUAGCUGAAGAUGUUGAUAAGAUGGUAGCAGUUGUUGGUGAAGACAAAUUACCAGAGGAUGAGUUACUUGGUGAGGAUAAGGAAGAGAAAGACAUUGAUAAUGAAGCAGAGGUAGUUACUGAGGACAUUGACAAUUUACUUUUCAAGUAAACAUUGUUUCGAUGGGUCGGCUAUUGUUUGAAUGGGAUGCUUUUUUAUGAACAUGUCAAUUUGUUUUCUUUAAAAUGGAUUUAGGAGUCUCUCCUGUUUUGAUUUGAACAUGUAUGUCAUUGUAGAUACUUUUCGAGAUUUUGCUCAAAGACAAAUUUCUCCUUGAAAGGAAAUGUUUAAAGUUGAUUCUAAUUACACUGUAGUAUUUUGUUUUGAUCUUUGUAUUUUUUCCAUUUCUGUCUCAGGAAAAGCUCUUCAAAAUUGAAUCUGUUUGAUGUUCAUUUAUUUUAUUGGGUGGGUUUUUUUUUGCAGUUUGGGGUAAGCUUUAUUUUAAAAGGUGUUUAUUUAGGGUUGAUUAUUUAGCUGUUGGUUUCCUUUGAAUGUUGUUCUAAAAUAUGAAGUUGUAAUCUUUAAAAUUAUAAGUUCUGAAAUGAUUAUAUAUAAGCUCUUCCAUGGUGUUGACACUAGAACUUACCUUUUUACUGUAAUCAUAUUAGAUUGAAUUUUGUACAUCAAUAAACUGAAGUUUUCAUUUGGGUAUGAUAGGCUUCAUGAGAUGAUAUUUUUUUGUUUGUUACUGUAUUUAGAGAUUUACUUUUUCUGGGAUCUCAUGUUGGAUUGAUUUUGUAAAUCAAUAAACUGAAGUUUUGGUUUGUGUAUGUAAGGCUUCAUUGGCUUCAGGAGAUUUUUUUCAUUUUUGUUUGUUAGAAUUUAGAGUUCUACUUAAGAACAGUGAUCUGUUAGUGCCAUUUUCAAGAUUUAACUCAU